AUGUCCGGAUCGGAUGCUCUGGGGCAAACGGAAAGCAAUGAAUGCAAGAAGAAGUGGAAGGAGAAGGAGGUUCGUUCUUGGCUGCUGGAGACCAUGGGGCUACCAGAGGGCUGUUGCCCAAAGGAGAAUGCCUUCCCCACAAUCAACUACCGGGUCGCAGGCUACCAGGGAAAACACAACCCGUUCCCGUUCGACAAGUACUUCGGCAAGUCGAACACGGGAGGAGUUGGCUUAGUCCUUGUGAAGAUCCAGGACAUUAACGACUUCGGCCCUCAGUUUAGGGCCAUCCGCUUUCUGCGACCGCACAUGGAAAAGCUGCGAGGCAAGAUUCGCUUCGCCGUGGUCGAGAAGUCAGCCAAAACACUGGAGAUGCGACAAGCGCUCAAAGUCGGGCUGAAUGAGUCUUUGGAGGCAGAGCUCAUCCUGUUUAGCGAUCUGGAAGGACUGGGCUCCCGGCCAGUUGGAAACCAUUUCCACGGCAAUUCGAAGAAGUACCGCCUCACGGAUUUGGGAGAAGAGUCCGUGAACGCCUUCUUCGAGGGAUACUACGCCGGCAAGCUGCCGACCUACUGGGCCAGCUUGGACGAAGCGGGGAAGGGGCCGAAAGAUGGCGAAUUGGUUAGCUGGACCUUUGACGAGGAGGUGCUCCGUGCACCGAAGAAGAUAGGAGCUUUUGUGGCUUUCUUCAACAAUGCCAGCGCCGGCUGCGAUGAAUGCGUGCGUGGCCGAGAGGUGUGGCAGUCGGUACAGAAGGAGGUGCGCCUCACCCGGCAGCUGCGGGAUCGACUCCGGCUCUACGCCUUUGACCAGUCCCGAAAUGAACAUGGGGAGCAGCUUGUUCCUGGCCGCCUGGCGCAGCCCCUGGUAAUGUACUACCCCCCGGGCACUGCGGCUCACCGAAAGAAGCGGCGGCGGGUGAUGCACAAGAUGAGUGAGCACUUCAACAAGGACAGCAUCCUAGAGGUCAUCAACGACCUGCUAGAGGAAGAGGACGAAGAGGGAGACGACUCCGCGCAAGAAGAGCUCUAG